AGUGUCCGACGGUUUCAGUUUAAAUUUUGGUUAGUUGGUUGUGUAAAUCUAUUAUGAGCCCAUUUACUUGCCCGCCAAAUGAUAAACGUUUUCCUUAAAAUCAACUGCGCGGACGCGACGCUUAUUAACAAUGAUCUGCCCGUUGCAUAUUGAUGCUCCUCUGACAUCAAAGCUCCUACAUCGCCCCACUUUUCCAAAGGCCUCAGGAUUUCUGAUUUCCAAUAAAUGAUGACUAGAAUAGCCCCCCAAUUUUGACUGCGCCGUGGUUUGCAUCGCCCACUGACCACAAAUAGAAGCUGCCUCCAUGUGAGAAAUAUCUGUUGCUUGGAUGGCGUGUCCCAAGCCCUGACAGCGGCACUCUAUCUCUGCAUAUAUAAGUGAUGCCCGAAUCUGGUCAGCGCUGGGACGCCUCCACGGAGGCACCUCGACCGUGUCGUCGCCGGGGGUCGAUUCCGCCGCAGCGUCUGACGUCAGCGGGCAGACCUCUGAGCUGGCCGGCUUCAGUUGCCAUUGGCUGUCGCAGCCCGCGCUCCGGCCGAAGCUCCGAGCUUCCAAGAGCGGCGGCUGCUGCCGCCAGUCCGGCGCCAGUAGGCCCCGCCCCGCCGCCGCUGGUUGGUCGCCUGGAGCCCGGUCUGGACGGUGAUUGGUGCUCGGUGGCCAGGUCGCUCGGCUGGCCGGCAGACGGUGGCUGGGAGAGCUCGUCUGCUGACCUCUCCCGCUCGUCCGCUGGCCGCUGCUCUCCGCUCCUCUUCUGACCGCUCCCCGGGGAAGGCAGGCCUGCCGAGCCGCCCACCAGCCAGCCAGUGCCAGCCAAAACCAGCAGCAUGUUCCGGAACCAGAUAGAUACUCUCACCAACAUCUACCAGGGGCUCAAGUUCAAGUACGAAGAAACCGUCAAACCACAAGAAAAUUACGAGGAAUUUGAACUGGGGCCAAACGGGGAGCGGAUUCCUGUUAAUCAUGACAAGCCAAAAGUACGCAAGGUCGACCAGUUCGUGGAACCCAACUGCCCAUGCCGACCAAACAUGUCAAAACGAUACACUCUGGCGUGGCUGGCUUCUAUUGGCUUCCUCAUAUCGUUCGGAAUCCGGUGCAACUUGGGCGUGGCCAUGGGAAAGAUGACAUCAAACGAAACAAUAACAGGUUUACCCGAUGUCGAUUGGGGCACGGGACAGCAGGGCGUCGUGGAUAGUGCGUUCUUCUGGGGUUAUCUGGUCACACAAAUCCCCGGAGGCUUCCUGGCGUCGAAAUGGCCACCGAACAGGGUGUUUGGAACCGCCAUUGCGAUGUCUGGCCUGCUCAACUUCUUUCUUCCCUCGGCUGCUAUGGCCGGCUCCGGCAUCUUCAUCGUUCUCAGGAUACUGCAGGGCUUGGUGGAGGGAGUGACCUACCCGGCCUGCCACGGCAUGUGGCGCAACUGGGCGCCGCCCCUGGAGCGCUCCCGCCUGGCCACGCUGGCCUUCUGCGGCUCGUAUGCCGGAGCUGUGUUCGGAAUGCCCAUAUCGGCCCUGCUCACGGACAACAUAAGUUGGCCGGCGCCAUUCUACUUCUACGGUUUUGUGGCGCUGGUCUGGUACGUCUUCUGGCUGUGGCUGUCCUUCGAGAAGCCAGCAAUCCACCCGAACAUCAGCGAGCGCGAGCUGAGCUUCAUCGAGGACAGUCUGGCCGGCCAGAAGGGUCAGAGCAUCCCCACGCUGUCUACCACGCCGUGGAUGGCCUUCUUCACGUCGAUGCCGCUGUGGGCGAUCCUGGUGGCCAACAUCGCCCGGUCCUGGACGUUCUACUUGCUCAUCCUGCUGCAGGUCCGCUACUUCGAGGAGGUGUUCCACUAUGACACCAGCGAGUCAGGCAUAUUAUCAGCAUUGCCCCACCUGCUGAUGACCCUGGUGGUACCCAUCGGCGGCCAACUGGCCGACUACCUGCGACGCAACAACCUGCUCUCCACCACGAACGUGCGCAAGCUGUUCAACUGCGGCGGGUUCGGCAUGGAGGGCACCUUCCUGCUGGUGGUAGCCUACUCGACUACGUCCACAGGAGCCACCGUGGCGCUCAUGCUGGCCGUCGGAUUCUCCGGAUUCGCUAUCUCAGGAUUCAACGUGAACCACCUGGAUAUUGCUCCACGGUACGCCAGUAUCCUGAUGGGUAUCACUAACGGCUGCGGCACCCUGUCCGGCCUCAUCUGCCCCAUCGUCACCUCCAACAUGACAAUGCAUAAGUCCAGAGAAGAAUGGCAGAAGGUGUUCAUCGUGGCCGGUGUCAUUCACUUCAUCGGCAUCAUAUUCUACGGACUCUUCGCUUCAGGAGAGCUGCAGCCCUGGGCGGUUCCACCCGAUGAAGCGGCACAUACUCAGCUGGGACAGGAGGAGCAGCUCGACAAAAAACCGCCCAUGGAGCCAAACGGGCAUCCUGCUGGGUCCGGUCGGGUCAUCACCUAUGGAGCUCUGGACGGUCAGGGCCAGGACGGCUCGGCCCCAGAGUUUGCGGCCGAUUUCAGUCACACGGCUCCAGCCGAGUACCCCCAGCCCGCUGCGCCCAUACCGGCCACCAAUCCGUACAACCAACAGGCUCAAUACAUCCAACAGACUGCAUAUGCUCAGGGAGCGAUGACCGCCCCGGGUCAGUUCGAGCAGCCCCAGGCGCCGGUGUUCAGCGCCAACCCCACCAACCCCUUCGCGAGCGGCGCUCCGCCGGCCGCCGACUACACCGGCCAGAGCUUCAGAUGAGCAUAACAAGCCUCUGCUCCGGUCAUAGGACAUCGGACUCAAAAUCGGCGGACGAGCACUGCCUCUCUGACAGUCGACACAGCGUUAGUUGCGCCGUGGUGGCUCCAGUUGGUCUGGGUACGGUUCGCUCGCUGUAGGCUCCUAGUAAAUACAUAGGGAAAAUGUGCAGGGACGCUGCGGGACGGGAUUAAACAGUGCUCUCUGCAGACAGCCAUACGACCCAGCAGCGACAGUGCAGCUGCGAAACAACAGCUUAGGCUCCGUCGUCUUCGGUAGUGCUGUGUCGCGGAUUGGCUCCUGCUAGAGCCCUCAAAUCCACUGCAGGCAAAUCCAAAGAGCUUCCAGUUGUUCGUAUAUUCAUAAAUACCGCAGCAUGAGGCAAAACGUCUUCUCUUUUUUUAAUGGCACCCGAAACUGUCGUGAACAUAGAAGCGGUUAAUUUGUCUAUGAUCAUUCAUUUGAUUAAACGUUUUUUUUACGAUUUGCGAUAAUAUUUUGCGGUUUAUCAUUUUCGCUCAUCAUUUACCCGCUUUAUGACUUUGAUGUGGUAUUUUCUGUGAACGUUUCUAUGACUUUUAUAUGGAACUGAGAUCGGCAGCUUACCAAAGCAUGCUAUGCCCAAUUUGUGUCAACCUAUAUAGUCAUUUUUGUUUUUUUCUUUUAAGUAAUCAUUGAUUUUGAAAAGUAGCCUUCAUCUGCGCUUUUUUAUCUUUGAAUACCUACCAUUUUAUUUCAGUAUCUGCAGGGAUGAAACUGAAACUAAUUGUCUUUCUCAGUAAGAAUAGGUGGUAGGGUGAAAAAUCUCAAGACUUCCCUCUGUAUGAUCCGAUAUUCCUUUUGUAGAAAAAUGUUGCGUUUAAAAUAUCUGUAAGAUGUUUAAAGUUGAGCGUCUGAAGCCUCUGUGAUAGUGGUUUUCACGUUUAAAGCAUGUGCUUGCAGGAUUGUAACGUUUGGUGUGAUGUGUACCAGGUAAAUGCAUCUUUGUUUAGUUUAGUUUUUUUUUCAUUACGCAAAUGAUUCACUAUAACAAAUGCUGUUAGUCAUUACAUCAGCUUAUAUUUGAACCAAACAAAAUGUUUUCUUUUUUAAUUUUCUUUUAGCCAGUUUCGGCAUUCUUUCAUUUUUUAGAGGAUGUGUGAUAACAUGGUUCUUAAGAACUAAGACAUGUAACGCUGAAUAUUUAUGAGUGAGUGGCGAACACGUGCGCGCGUAGAGCAAGUAAAUGUGUUCGUGUGUGCGCGUUUGCAUUGAAGAGUUGCAUGUGCGCGAUGUGCUUACACUGUUGAUUUUCAAGUUGAUGAUCUAAGCGAUGAUGCUGGGGAGAAGGCGAUGAUGAAAAACAUUCAGGAUCAUUCCUGCAAUGUUGCCCUACUACGAAACUCGGUCGAAUUGUCUUGAUGACACUGUUAUUGUUGAUGCGCUCGCCGCAUUCGUAUCAUUGUGAACAUGCUAUCGUGUGUGCAAGGGUAUGGAGAAAAUGAACUUCUGUUAUCAACUUCUGUUGAUUGUAUGAAAAAUCAACAAGUACUUUGCAUACAGGUAAUUGUGUGAUGCGUUUCUGAAAGAGUCACUUUGUUUGACUAUAGUUGUAGGCUUAGUAAGAGUACUCGGUGUGUGUUUCUUUGUCUCGCUGUGGUGUUCAACAGACAUUUUAUGAAUGAGCGUGGGUUUACGACGUCUUCAUGUGUCUCAGUGUUAAAAUUAAAGUGUUAUUCACUGGUUGCUAGAUCAUCUGAACAUUUUCUAAAUGUAUAGAUGUUAUACAGUGUUUUGUUGGGCUAUCAGGCAACGGACUGCUUUAUAGACUUAAUACGGAACAUAUUCUUUCGUAAGCAGAAACUACGGCAGAUAGCAUCAGGCCCGUAGUGGUGCGCUGUAGGGUGUGCUCUAUAUAUAGGUAAAUGUUUUCAAGAAGUUUGAAAGUGAAUCUGGCAUCUGCAGAUGCCAGCAUCAUGACACAUGUGUGCGAAAUCAACAUCUCUGGUCACGUGUGAGUAAGCCUUCAGCAAACUGCGUCCGGUGUUUGGAAGAUGUUAUUGGGAAACGCACUGCCCGUCCUAGGUCUUAUGUUAGCCAGUCAUAAGUGUCCAGCCUCCAACUCUAAUCAAUCGCUUUCACCGGUGCUUUAGAUACAUUCUAAUCAGCUCCCCACUGAAUCAACUAAUCGACUCAAAUGCCGUCGCAUAGGUAGCCACUAAUCGUCUGUGUAUAACCUCGCCUUACCUGUGUCCUCUCUCUACCCCUUCUCUUCCUUCCUCUCGCUGUCUUAUUCGCUCUGUGUGUGUGCGUGUUUGCAGUUGUCCUUUCCUUAGACCGUCUGUAUCAAUGUCUACGGAAGCAAUAACAGUGUUCGGUGUCGCCUCCUCAGCCAGCCCAUACCGGUUACCCUGGUGAGGGGCGGGUCACUCGACCUGACACCACUCAAACCCACAGUUGAUAAGUGAUGUGGUAAGUGGGGCCGGAGGUCACCGCCGGCCCCAGAACGCAGUCUGCCAGCGUGUGUUCCGAAAACUGUCAGCACAACAGGCGCUAUGUGUCCUCUAGUUGGCGUGGAAUGUAUAUGAAUACAUGUUGUGCAAUGGC